CUUCUGACGCAAAUCAGUUCAUCAACUGCCCCACACCUCUCACCUCGCUUCCUUUACUUGUGUUGUUUCCUUCUCAUAGUGUACGUAUCUGGUAGCAUCCCAAUCUGAACAAGGAAGACAAUCAGUGCAAGCAACCAUGGAAGACCAGUUUCGUCCCGAUGGGGUAAUGGAGAAGGAUGCUCCUCUCCAGCCUCCCGCAACAACCCCGGGGAUUCAGCAUAUGGGUGGCGAUGCUGACCCCAUCCCCGAUCCCCUGCAGCCGUUGGAAAUUGAGGAUGGCAGGGAAGAUGACACCAACAUGCCCAGUGCCAGUCCCGUUGAUGAGAAUCAGGCAAAGCAGCAUGCGGUCCCUGUGGAACAGUCCAAGACAACGGAAGGUUCUGGCAGCAAGUUGCCGCUCAUUUAUAUCAUCGUGGCCUUGCUUGUCGUGAUUGGAAUCAUUGUGGCAGGAGUCUGUGGCAGUGGCAACUGCAGCAGUAAGGGCUCCUCUUCAGAGGAACAGGAACUCAGCCCCAGAGAUAUGGAAGGCAUGGAAAUCAAAGCCCAGCUGGAAAAGGUUUUAGGAACCACUUACUUUGAUGGUUCCACAGACAGCACGGAACCGCAUCAAAAAGCACUCAACUGGAUCAUCCAUCAAGAUCCCCGCCAACUGCCUCCGGAUUCCAACCAUCUACUCCAACGAUUUAUUUUGACACAGUUUUACUACAGUACAUCACAAGCCAGCCCUUGGAAAUUCUGUGGCGCUGCCACUGGUGCACAAACAGACGAAUUCUACUUUCAAUUUCUGGGACGUGAGUCACUCACUGAGCGAUGGUUGUCGGGAGUUCCUGAAUGCCGGUGGGCUGGAUGCGAUUGUUCUGGAGAUACAGAAAAUAUUACUGGAAUUCAUAUCUGGGACAAUAGUUUCACUGGAUCACUUCCAAGUGAGCUGGGGUUAUUGUCACAUGCAACCUACUUGACUUUACGAGCACAAAACUUUACUGGCACAAUCCCUCCAUCUAUUUACAAAAUGACAGCUCUUACCAGUUUGGGGCUUUCAAAUAGCAAUUUUACAGGAACCAUCAAUUCUGCUGUCUUCUCCAUGCCAUCAUUGAGUAUACUCCAUUUUCAGGACAACCAAAUGACAGGCACCAUCCCGACUGAAGUUGGGCUAUUUCAAGGAAAGUUGCUCUUCAUUUCCAAAAAUUAUUUUACAGGAACGAUUCCUUCGGAAUUAUUUUCCGCCAAAAAUGCGAGGGAUAUUCGGCUUGGAGAUAAUAAGCUCUCUGGAACCAUUCCCACAGAAGUUGGGCUUUUAGCCUGGCAAGUCGAAGAAGACGAUCUUGACACGGAGGCGGACAAUGAUAUUGAAAUCGGUCCUGCAUUGUAUUUUGCGGGCAAUAAUGAAUUGUCAGGUACAAUUCCAUCAGAGUUGGGGCUGGUGAACAGGCUACAUGAAUUCAAUAUCGGAUUUACGAGCAUUGAAGGCACCAUUCCUGAAGAGCUAUUCUUGGAUUGCCUCUAUUUGAAGUUCCUCCUUGUCGAAAAUUGUAACUUGGCGGGUACAUUGAGCACCAACUUUGGAUUGCUCACGAACCUCCAUCAUUUGAAGUUGGCCAACAACAACUUUACAGGUAGCAUCCCCAUGGAGUUUGAAGCCCUGAUAGGGGUGGAAGACUUCACAAUCAAUGGAAAUCCUGAACUCAGAGGGAGCAUUCCUGAUGACAUGUGCUUUGAAAACGUUUUGAAUGCUCGAGGACUUGAGUUUGUAGCGGACUGUGCGCCUACCACAAUCACGGGAAGUGAUGGUGCAACCAGCAUAGGAGAACCAUUUGUGUCUUGUCCCGAAGGAUGUUGCACUACAUGCUGUGAUGGGGGGACUGGGAUCUGCAUGGAACAGUAGCUCUCUGGAAAUGUUACUACCACAAUCAUUCCUGUGAGGCAGUAGUUUGCCCAGGCCCAUAAUAUGGCAAACAAAUACAAACGAUUUGUCAACGGCUUCUUGCAAUCCAUGUGUGUUGCUACUGAACCCUGAUUUUGCCAGGUACACCAACGUGCAGGUGGCAACUUGGUGUCGUUGUUUCUGUCUAACUGAUACAUAAGUACUGCAUACCAUUACU